GAGGGACAGAGGCACAUGCGCGAGGUUCCCACCGAUGCCUUUGGAGAAAUCAACUUUGGAGGCCACAACCAAAACAUGGCACAGUAUGUGCGUGUCUCCUCAGGCACCUCCCCCAAUGUUUUGUAUGACCUGAUUACGAAAUGCUGGAAGCUCCGCCCCCCAAACCUGCUCAUCUCGGUCACAGGCGGGGCCAAGAACUUCAACAUGAGGACACAUCUGAACCAGAAAUUCCGCAGAGGCCUCAUCAAAGUGACCCAGAGCACAGGUGCUUGGAUCAUCACCGGGGGCACCCAUGCUGGGGUGAUGAAGCACGUGGGGAUGGCCGUGCGUGACAACACCCUCAGUACUUCCCGAGAGGAGAUAGUGGCCAUCGGGGUGGCCCCCUGGGGCACUAUACACAACAACAAGGACCUCAUACACCCUGAGGGCCGUUUCCCUGCCCACUACACACUGGACGAGCAGGGCCAGGGUCGGCUCUCCUGCCUGGACAGCAAUCACUCGCACUUCCUGCUGGUGGACGACGGUACGCACGGCCACUACGGCGUGGAGAUCGACCUGCGCAGCCGCCUGGAGGAGCACAUCGCAAAGCAGCCCCUGGGAAACCAAGGAAGUCAUUUGAAGAUCCCUGUUGUGUGCGUGUUAUUGAAUGGCGGACAGGGCACUCUGGAUACUAUCUACAGUGCCAUGCUGAACGGCACCCCGUGUGUGGUUCUGGAGGGAUCGGGCCGGAUGGCAGACGUGAUCGCUAAUGUGGCAGGGAAGCCCGUAUUGCAGGUCACCCCGGCUCUGAUCCAGAAGCAGAUGAAGCGGUUCUUUGGACAGGAGUGCGGUGACUUCUCUGAGAUCAAAGUCAACGAGUGGGCCAAAAAGAUCCAGGACAUUAUCAGGAUGCCACAUCUCCUGACCGUGUUCAGCAUGGACGAGUACAAGAACAGCGAUGUGGAUGUGGCCAUCCUCAAGGCCUUCCUGAAAGCGUCUAGGAGUGAGGAGAAUGCGGGGCAGAGGGGAUGGGAGAGGCAGCUGGAGCUGGCCGUGGCCUGGAAUCGUGUGGACGUUGCCAAGAGCGAGAUCUUCACGGAGGAGAAGCACUGGCAGUCCAGCGACCUGCACAAGGCCAUGUUCUUGGCCCUGGUGGGCCACAAGUCGGAGUUUGUGCAGCUGCUACUGGAGAACGGUGUGAGCAUCCCGCAGUUCCUGGCCGAAGAGAAAACGCUGUGCGAGCUCUACAAGAACAUGCCCAGCUGCCUCUUCCUGCGCAAGCUGGUCAAGCGCUUGCAGAGCGACAAGGGCCGGCGCUCGCUGGCCAGCCCGUGCCCACGGAGACAGGUGUCGCUAGAGGCUGUGGCCGAGGUGGUGCGCCAGCUACUGGGCAGCUUCACCCAGCUCAUUUACUCGCAGGAGCUCAACAACACUAUGAUUAGAGACCCUGGGAGAGACCUCUUCCUGUGGGCCGUUGUGCAGAAUAACAGAGAGCUGGCUCAGAUUGCCUGGGAACAGUGUAAAGACAGCACAGCAGCUGCUUUGGCAGCAAGCAAAAUCCUGAAAAAGCUGGCACGAGAGUCUGAGAAUGAUGACGAAGAUGAUGCCAAGAAAAUGACAGAACUUGCCGACCACUAUGAGGAACAGGCCAUUGGUGUGUUCAGUGAGUGCCAUAGCUCUGAUAACCAGCGAGCCCAGAGACUUCUGAUCCGUAUCUCUCCAUCUUGGGGCAAAACCACAUGUCUACGCUUGGCACUGGGUGCGGACAACAAGAACUUUGUGGCACACUCAGGAGUUCAGGCUUAUCUCACCCAGAUCUGGUGUGGAGAGCUGGCUGUGGACACCCCUCAGUGGAGGAUACUCCUCUGUAUGCUGUUCUUCCCACUCAUCUACACAGGCUUCAUAACCUUUAGAUGUGACGAGGACGUACGUAAGAGCGAGAGGAAGUCUAAGACAGGAGGCUUGAACGAUACCAGCAGUCCUCAGGACAGUCACCAGCUGAAGCAGCUGAGCUGCCUAGACAAGCUGAAGAAAUUUUACGCAGCCCCACAGGUGAAGUUCUUCUGGAACAUCGCCUCCUACUUUGGGUUCCUGGUGGUCUUUGCCUAUGUACUGAUGAUCGACUUCCAGCCCAUGCCGUCAAUGGGGGAGUGGCUGCUCUACGUUUGGGUGACCUCUUUAGUGUUUGAGGAGGUCAGACAGCUUUUUGAUGAUCCGGAUGGAUUUGGGUUCCGAAGGAAAGCCAGGAUGUAUAUCAAUGACUUGUGGAACAUUCUAGACCUGUCUUCCAUCCUGCUCUUCAUCGCUGGUCUUGCCUGCAGGUUGGAUUUGAGUGUCAGACGCAGUGCAUUUUACACAGGAAAGGUCAUCCUCUGCAUCGACUUCAUCGUCUUCUGUCUGCGACUCAUGGCCAUCUUCACCAUCAGCAGAACCCUGGGCCCAAAAAUCAUCAUUGUCAAAAGGAUGAUGAUGGACCUAUUCCUCUUCAUGUUCCUGCUCAGUAUCUGGGUGGUGGCAUACGGGGUGGCUAAACAGGGCAUUCUGAUCCACAAUGAGAGCAGACUGGACUGGAUCAUGAGAGGAGCUGUGUAUGAGCCCUACCUCAUCAUAUUCGGCGAUCUCCCCAGCAACAUCGACAAUACUGCAUUUGACAUCUCCACCUGCACCGUGGAGGGCACUGACCCUAUGCGACCAAAAUGCCCUGUGCUCAAUGCCAACCAAAUGCCAGCCUUCCCUGGGUGGCUAACCAUAAUCAUGCUGUGUGUUUACCUUCUCUUUGCCAACAUCCUGCUCCUCAACCUCCUCAUUGCCAUCUUCAACUACACAUUUCAGGAGGUGCAAGACAACACCGAUAAAAUCUGGAAGUUCCAGAGGUACGACCUGAUUAAGGAGUACCGCCGUCGCCCGGCUGCACCCCCUCCCUUCAUCCUCCUCAGCCACCUGUUCCUGCUGUUCAGGCGCUGCAAAACCACCCACAAGCAGCAGUUGAUAGACUUGUCUAAAACUGAAGAGGAGGACUUGAUGACAUGGGAGGCUUUCAUGAAGGAUAAUUACAUGGCCACCCAAUGCCAAGAGAGGAGUGAGAGCAUGGAGCAUCGCAUCCUGGACCGGGUUGACUCCAUGUCAGAGCUGCUGGAGAGAGAACACGACCGGAGUACCAUGGCAAAGCGGCUGGCUCAGCUGGAGGAACAGGUCUCCCAGUCUGCUGAAGCACUGCAAUGGAUCAUGGAGACCCUAAAAGCCCGAGGUUUUCAAUCUAAAGAGGAGCCGCCUUCCAUGUCCAGGAGCACAGAGAGUGAAAGAGAUGAGCAUGAGAUUGAUGGCGAUCCAGAGAGGAGACAGCACCUACUCCACGCUCAGAGAUCCCUGAAGAGGACCAAAUUCUGA